AGCAGCAAAUGUAUUAUAUGUGCGUGUGUGUAUAUGUGUGUGUGUGUGUGUGUGUGCGUGCGUGUGUGGUCUUGCCCAUCUUUCCGCAACAAGCACGAGGAGGCGCCGCUUCUCGGACAACCGCGCGACGAGCACGCAAGUAAAUUCUUGCUCCUCGCAGUGUACACAAUGGCGCAGAGAUGAAAAAAGUGGAAUAAAAUGGAUGCUCUGUAAUAAAAGAAUUUGUUAAAAGUGCUACAACAGCAAUGACGGCUCGUGAUCCUAACAAUCUUAUGAAUACAGACAACGUUGACGAUAGUUUCGAUUACAUGUUUAAAAUUAUUAUGCUUGGUGAUUCUGCCACUGGCAAAACAUGCAUUCUAGACAAAUUUAAAACAGAAGAUUUGAGAAACAGGUAUACCAUGACUCUGGGACUUGAUUUAGUGACGGAGAUCAUCAUCGUCGAUGACAAGAGAGUUAAGCUCCAAAUUUGGGAUACUGCUGGCCAAGAAAGGUUUCGUUCAAUAAUGCAAAGCUAUUACAGAACUGCUCAUGGAGUGAUUUUAGUGUAUGAUAUCACAAAACGUCCAACAUUUCUAAACUUAGAAAAAUGGUUUGAUGAGAUAAGAAGGAAUACCUCUUUAAAUUCACUUGUAAUUUUAGCCGGUAAUAAAUGUGACAUGGAAUACGCAAGACAAGUUACAAAAUCAGAAGGUGAAAUAGUAUGCAAAUUUAUUCCCGAAAUAUUUCACUUUAUAGAAACUUCUGCAAAGGAGGGCACAAACAUAAAUUCCAUGUUUUACUGUUUAGCUUCAGAACUAAUAAAGCGAGAUAAUCAAUCAAAUACAAAUAGAAAUGAAAACGAUAUUAAUUUAAAUAAAAAUCGUGGAUUACCUCCAGAAAAAAAAAAAAAUUCUUGUUGCUGAGGAUGGUGGCCGUAAUGAAUAUUUGAAUUGUUAUUUAUUGGAAUCCGAUGAAAACAGAUAAAUUUCAUUUGAAAUACCACCGAAAGUUAUUUGACCUCAAACGCUGUCAAUUACAAGAGUUAGCUUUAUAAUGGUAAUUAUAACCUUUAUGAUCUUAUGUUAAACCUCAUUCUUUUAAAAUAUCGUCAAUAACUUCUUUAAUUACGAAUUUUUUGAGUUGAAAAUUGUUUCUAAAAUAUUUCAAUUUUUUAAUCAUUUAAACUGACUGUAACUGAUCUAUUUAAGAAAAACUCAUUUUGAGAUGUAGCAUUUAAGGGUAACAAUUGUCUUUAGAGAAGGAAUCACGAUGCCUGUCCUGCAUUGCAAAUUAAUAAUAUUUCAAAUACCAAUUUUUUUGGAAUUAGUUUUUGAAAUAGAAGACAUGUGAUAAACAUAGUGUUUCGAUUUUAUACUCAGACAUUAAUAAUUUAUACAUUAGAAGCACUUUAAAACGCAGCAUAUAAUAUAGAUAUUUUUAAGAAAUAUUUACGAGAUAUUUUGUUUACCUCAAUGAUUUGAUUUAACUAGAAUACUAGUGCCUCUUUCUAAAAAUGAACAAACAAUGUUACUGUGCAUUGAUACGUGAUUCUCUUUAUUUAUGUAUAAAAAACGAUUUAUAACAUUUUGAAUAUUAUUCUAUUAAAAGUCAUUUGUUAUUGUACAAACGAACUUACUAAUAUUGUUUAAAUAUUUGUAGAACUGUACUUGAAUAAAUAAUACUAAAAGUGAAGUGCAUUGUUAUGAAUUAUUUAACAAACAAUA